GGUACCCUCAUUGGCCCUGGCACAACGGACAACAGAAACACCCAGAUGUACGUGGAGUGUAGGAUCAAGGCUCCAGAGGCCCAGCCAAGUCCUGGCCUGAGGACUGCCAGAAACAGGGCUGGUGUUGAGCCCACCAUAUCAGAAGUCAGACAGGUUGUGUUUCCAGAUGCUGAAGGGAUAGACAGUGGGAAGCAGCCCUCAUCAGCACCAGGAGGGCCAGAGGACGGACCCAGACACAGAGAGGCAUCAGAGGAGGGGUCUCCGGAGCUCAGCACCCAGGAGCAGAUGCCUCCGGCGGGGCCAAGGAUGAAGCAGUCAUCUUUGGCCCCCCAGGAAGGGCCCGGGGAGCUGCAAGCAGGCCAGGAUCAGGCCACGCCAGGAAGUGAGCUGGAGGUGCUGCCCUCCAGGGUCCCUGCAGCACAGGAAAGGCUGCAGCAGCAGAGCUCAUGGAAGGAGACCGAGGACCAAGAGGGGAGCCAGCAGAACCUAGGGACCGUGGAGGGUCAGUUCCCCAAGAGCCGCCAGGACCCAGAGUGUCAGCCCCUCCCAGGUCACCUGGCCGCCAAUGAGUCAGACAUAGUGCAGCCAACAGAGCCUUGUUGCGCCUUGGACAGCCGUGGACAGCAACUGGGGGACAAGCCCCCCAAGGAAGUGGACACCCCACCCAUCAGGCCACAGGGGGCUCUGCCAGAGCCUGGCUCAGGGGGACAUGAGGACAGUUCCCAGGAAGCAAUGUCCCUAAUGCCCACGGCAACUCUGGAGGAAAAGACGGCCCACUCUUCCCCACCAUCUAUGCCAAGACCUAACACACCCAAAGAAAGGGACAAGGCUGUGGAGAUCCAGGCAGCACUGGGGCCUGUUCCUCCACCUGAGGCGAGGGACAUUGGAGAGAGGAGGGAGAUGGACCAUACUCAGAAGCAGCCUCAGGAGCCUGCGGGGGCCACGGGGGCCCAGAACCUUGGCAACCCCCGGCCGGGCUUCAUGAAGUGCUUGUUGGAGGUGGAAGAGGAGGAGGCCACACGUUGGAGUGUCACCAAGGCCUGCGCGCUGCCAAACCGGAAGUCCCCCAGGACCCUGGCCCCCGUGCUCGUCUCUGCCCCAGUUGGCAACUCAGCCCCAAUCCUGCCUCUGACCCUGCCUCAGACCCCUGCCUCGGCUCCUGCCAUGGCCCCAUGCUGGGCCCGACCGCCAGCCCCUGGGCCACUUCCUGCCCCCAUGGGAGCCCCAGCUUCAGUGCCCGUCACGGUCCUGCCGGUCCCUGCAUCAGACCUGGGCUGGAGAAGGACAGAACUUUUGCACCACAGCGGGGAGAGGAGCCUGAAUUACCCCAAGGCACGGCAGGAGCUGGAAGAACACUGCCUCCUGAAGGUGCGUCAGACCUGGGAGGAGAGGUCGGAAGAGCACCUCACACUGAAGCAAGAGGAAGCCUUCCGCAGCUACUUUGAGAUCGUCAGUGGUCAUGGCAAGGUGGAUGCACAGAGCCUGGAGAACAUCCUGCUCCGCGUGGGCAUCUCCCUGACGCCGGCCCAGGUGGAGGAUGCCCUGAGCAGUGCUGACAUCGAUGGAGACGGCCACGUGAACUUCAAAGACUUCUUGGCUGUGAUGACAGACACCAAGCGCUUCUUCUGCUCUGUGGAAGAGAAGGCCCUGACGGACACGGCUCCCCCAAACCCCCGCACUCUGCUCUUUGAGAUCCUGUCCCUGCUGGUGGAGAUGCUGGCCUUACCUGAGGCAGCCUUAGAGGAGAUCACCAGCUAUUACCAGAAGAAGCUGAAGGAAGGCGCCUGUAAGGCCCAAGAGAUGGAACCGGCCAUUGGCCGGCUGCGGUCCCGGAAGAAGCUUCCCUACAACCCGCAGCAGGCAGACACCUUGGAAGUCCCAGAACGAAGAGCCCUCAGGAUCUUGAGCCAGCUGAAGCAGCAGAACUAUGCUGCCAACCUGCAAAGCCCCUAUGCCCAGGUGCCUUGCAUCCCGCUCUGCCCGCGGCUGGACAAGAAUACGGUCCGCCGGAAGCAAGGCAGCCACUAUGUGCUGGAGCUGUGUACCCCCACCAGCCUGGGCCCUGACACCCGUAGCCUCUUCUUCCAGACUGGAUCUCAAAGAAGCAGGGAACCCAGCUCUGACAGCCGCAAGUGGCUCAGUUCUGUGCCGGCUCGAACCCACUGA